AUGUCAAUCAACAUUGAAUUUUUUAUGAAUUUAAGGAGAAAUCUUCCUUGUUUAUAUCGGAAGAUUGGAAGAUUCGAUGCUCAGAAUUAUGGAAACCAUCUUAUUAUAGGAACUUUAUUUAUAUUCAAUGAGAAAAAUGAAGCAAUAAAAACUAGAAAUUGUGGAUUUAUUGAUCCACAUCCGAUUAAAGGAGAUAUCAUUAUUGAUUGUCGAUAUGCAGAUAUGGUAACGCCGACAAUGCUGACAAAACUGAGAAAAAACCGAGAAAUCAAUUGCUUAUGA